UAUUGAAAAACACUUCACACAGAAGUUCCGGUACGAGAACAAAAACAAUUUCUGCCCCAUUCGGGGCUUACAGUUGACUCUGAGGUACAACACAGACAAAACAUGUGAACUAAACCAGCAUUCAUGUUUGCGAACUAAGAAGGGCGUCCACACCGCUCGGUACAGGAAGCACAGACUGGGUGUGUCCACGUGAAGGGCUUCCCACUACUAGGUGGCUGGCUGAGCAGCCUUCCAACGGGUAUCAAAGGACCCAGCCACUUCCAUUUCUCCCGGAUGGUAAGCGGCGCAGGCAGACGGAAGGGGCGGGGCUCGAAACGGAAGUUCCUGAGCCCGCAGCUGUCACGAUCACGUGGGAAAAGGUUCCAAGCAUAGCUGGCACUCAGGAGGCAUGGCACUCUGGCGGGCGUACCAGAGGGCCCUGGCUGCACAUCCGUGGAAAGUCCAGAUUCUGACCAGUGGGUCACUGAUGGGCCUAGGUGACAUCAUCUCACAGCAACUGGUGGAGAGGCGGGGUCUCCAGGAGCACCAGACAGGCCGCACUCUGAUCAUGGUAUCCCUGGGCUGUGCCUUUGUGGGGCCCGUACUUGGAGGCUGGUACAGGGUUCUGGACCGCUUUAUCCCCAGCACCACCAAGGUAGAUGCUCUGAAGAAGAUGUUGUUAGAUCAGGGGGUCUUUGCCCCAUGCUUUUUAGGCUGCUUCCUCCCAACGGUAGGGGUGCUCAAUGGAAUGUCAGCCCAGGACAAUUGGGCCAAACUAUUGCGUGACUACCCUGAUGCCCUCAUCACCAACUACUAUCUCUGGCCCGCUGUGCAGUUAGCCAACUUCUACCUGGUGCCCCUGCAUUACAGGCUGGCUGUUGUUCAGUGUGUUGCUGUCGUCUGGAACUCCUAUCUAUCCUGGAAAGCACAUCAGCUAUAAGCCUGCCUUGUUCCAUACCUGGCGUCGCUGCACCUUGAUCCUGGAGUGCUUGGACAGCUUCUUCAAAGAGAGCCUAUCAGGGCAGGAGCAGGGGCUUGGCUGCUGAGAGCGUAGACUGCUCUGCAAAGGACCCACACUGCGUGGUUCACAACUAGCUGCAACUCGAGCUCCAGGAGACCUGAUGUCUUCUUCUGGCCUCUGAAGCUCCUGCGCUCACGUGCACAUACCCACGCAUAGACACGUAUUCAAAAUUAAGCAUACAAUAAAAAUAUUUUUUUUAAAAAAGA